AUGAGUUACUUAUUAAAAUUAACCGUAAAAAAGACUCCAAUGUUAGUUUCUACAACGAUAAAUCAUUAUCGCAAGGGUCCACCUCAACCUUCAUGGGAUUUAAAAUUUCAUUUAGCUUUUGCCUUGAUUAAAUCAUUCAUCGGUGAUCUCAUUGAUAUUACAAUUGAGCAGGCACAACAAGGCUCUAAACGUCCCGUUCCUUUAUUACCUGAUACAAUUGCAAAUGAGUCCAAG